AUGUAUGAUCGAAUGCUGAAUUUCCUGCUGUUCAAAGUGAUAUUCAUUGGUGCUGUGAUGGAGCCGGUUUGGAGACACAUACUGAGGUUGUCCUUGUGGAUUGGUGUGUUGGGAUUUAUGCGCAUCUUUAGUUUACUGAGCAGAGAUAGACUGGAUAAUUUGACAACGGUGGCAUUCGUUUCGCUUAGAAAGUACUACAAAAUCACAGUGUUUCUAUCGACCAUCCUAUUCAGCAACAUCAUUUGGUACCUUGGAUCGCUUUAUUUAUUCCCAACUUCACUCGCCUUUCUCACAUUGGAGUUUUUACCAGUAGUAUUAGACACCAUCCAGGUUUUAAUCAAAUAUGCGACACAUUUAAUGGAUCAAUGGCGAGAGAACGGAUUCGAGAGCAAGCGACUGAUCAAUUACUACACCGAACUGAGUGCGGAUGUGUUGAUCCUUGCAUGUACGCUACUGCAAUACCUUCAACUGAUGUGGAUGCAUGGAAUCUCAUUUGGAUUGGUCGAUGUUGUGUUGUUUUUGAAUGUGCGAAGUGUACUCAAGAACUUGUACAGCAAAGUCAUUAUUUAUCGUGAGAGAUGGAGAGCCAUGUCCUAUGUUCGAGACCGAUAUGUGGAUGCAUCUGCUGAAGAGCUAUCAAAUCACAAUGAUGAUUGUGCUAUUUGUAGAGAACGGAUGAAAGUUGCGAAAAAACUGGCAUGUGGCCAUCUAUUCCACCUUCAUUGUCUGCAUUCCUGGAUACAACACCAUGUUUCCAAACCAACAUGUCCUACUUGCCGGAGAUCAUUAUCUCCUCCCUCACCCAAAGAGUCAUCCAAUUCAAAAUAG